AUGCAUUCUAAAAGGUUAGCCUAUUUUGGGUUAUUAGGUCGGUUUGCCGAUGCCGAGUUCGCUUCUGAAGCGCUCUUUGCAGCGCUGAAUUUGAUCGGGUUAUAUCAUGAUUCGAUUUUAGUUCGAGCUGCCGAAAGCUUGGAGCCUUCAAAAAAACCAAUUCCUUCCGCACACAAUAAAUAUACGAGAUACUGGAUUAAUCUGUCAAAGACGUAUCAAAGAGCAUCAUUUGCAUUAACAUUUUUACAGUAUACUGAUGUAUUAAUGGAGAUGGGAGUACAAAAGAAAUGGGGUAAACAAGCCAAAUGGAGAUUAAUCACCACGAUUGAAUUUAUAAAGGUGAUAUGUCGAAUUAUACUUUUUUAUAAGACACAAGAGCGUACAGUAGUCAAUCCAACCAUACCAAGAAGAGAAAUUGAUCCAUCAAUUUUUAAUCAAGAAGAGAAUUCUACUACGGGUAAUCAAACGUGGAUAGGACAAAACACGAGAUGUGAACGAGAUAAUUUAUCUUCGGUGAUUAAUAAUAACACCACCUUUAAUAAUAAUAUUAUUAAUGAUUAUUUAAUGAGUAAAGUGCUAUAUAGUGAAGAUAUUAGAAAACCAUCAGAACUAGUUCAUAGGUUACAUGGUAUUGGGAAGUUUGCCGAAUUAUUAUACAUCAUUAGACCUCUCAUCUAUGUCUUUGCAUUGCAAAAAUAUGGGAAUCGUUCAUGGAAACCUUGGGUACUUUCAAUUUUUAUUGAAUUAUUAGCAAAAGUUUUUUUUGAUCAUUUCUACAAGAAAAAGGUACCGGGAGGAUAUAGAUGGAUAUCUACAUUAGAAAAGGAGGAACACAAGAGACGUAUCCGUCUUUUCCUCUUUUAUAUUCUACGAGGUCCUUUCUACGAAAAAUUCACAAGGCCAAAAAUCAAUAAUUUUUGUCAAUCGGUCAGCAACAAACCUAUUUUAUCAUUAUUUGGAGGGAUUCUAAGAGAUUAUCAACCAUUAUGGGAGAAUAUCUAUUUUUAUAGCGCAUCAUCAUAA